AGUGUUGCUGACGAGACGCUGAUGAUGAUGCCACGCUAAAGUGCGUGGAGCUGUUCACAUCACACAAGUUUGCCAUGAUGAUUUCUAAUGAGACGAGUUCAUAAGGCGCACAACCUGUGGCUAAAGCUGUGAACUUGAUGGCGCCGUGCUCUCAGACCCCUGUAGAUCCACACCUGCUGUGUUCUGUUCAUCAUGAUAACUCCAGCGUUUGAGUUGAGCCAGGACCCAUCUUUCCUAAUCCUGACCAUCCGUGUGCCCUACACGAGAACAUCAGAGUUUGAUCUCUACAUCGAUGGAGAUGAUUUCAAAUUCUAUGCCAAGCCUUACUUCCUCAGACUGACCUUACCUGGAAAGAUAGUGGAGGAUGGGAGAGAAAAGGCCACUUUCGACAUUGAUAAAGGUCUUUUUACCCUGUGCGUCCCCAAGGAGACAGCAGGGGAACACUUUGAAGGGCUCCAGAUGCUGACUAGUCUCCUGGCUCCCAAAGGCUCCCGCUCAGCCAAGCCUCUGGUGGAAGACAUGGAAGCGUGCAGUGGUAUUAUGGAUGGUGAGGAAGAGGAUGACGAAGAGGAGUUUGACUGGCAGGUUGAGCAGGAGGUGUACAUGGACGCCUCAGAGGAGCAGCUGAAGGAACUGCAGAAGUAUGGCUUUGGGAGUCAGAGGUCCGGAGUGUUCACUCGACUGCAGGAGGAGCUGAGUGAUGUCAUCGACAUCCGAAACCCAGAUGGAACCACAGCGYCAGAGAGGAGAAGGAAACGACUGGACGCUGAGACGUCCAUAUUCUGCCCUGACCAUUACCUUGCUGACCUGUUUGAAGACGAAGAGAUCCAGGGUCUGCUGAAGUUCCGCCCUUGGUGGUCUGAUCUGUGCCCAGACUCCAUCCGGCAGGGAGAGGCAGCGGUGUCCUUCACUGAUGAUGAGAAGGAGCAGCUAAGAARGUUUACCAACCAUUCCUACAUCCUGGACAAGAAGUCCCGUUUCCAGGUGUGGCUCAGCCUGGUGGACAUCAUCCUGACAUACUGCUACGAAUUGCGCACUACAGAGGGAGAGCACAACGUUGAAUCACCGUGGACCAUCAGAAAACUCAGUGGGACUCUCUGCUGGCUUGAGACAUACAGCUCGUUGCAGGAGGUCCUGGUGUCCUUUGGGAGGAGGGUGUUGUGUUACCCGCUCUACAGGCACUUUUCUCUGGUCUCUGCAGCCGUGCAGGAUGCGGCUSGGAUCUUCCAGUCAGGGAAAGCCUGCGUCCUGAAGUGCUUGUUGGAUAUUCACAAAGUCUUCCGGGAGAAUGAACCGGCCUACAUAUUGAACGACCUCUACAUCACAGACUACUGCGUCUGGAUCCAGAGGGUCAAGUCUAGGAAGGUGACAGCUCUGGCCGAUCCCUUACGGAAAGUAUCCCUACGGAAAAGAGACCUGGAGCUGGAGUUGGAGGUGCUGGAGACGGCGGCAACGCUGGUAGAGGAAGAAGAGAAGGUGGAGGACGGGGGGAAAAGCCCCAGUAGAACUCCUCUGUCACACAGCGGAGAGGAGUCCGACAGCGAGGACAGUAGCAGCGACUCGUCUGAGGAGAGUGAGGACUCUGAGGCUGAAGGGAAGGACUGUGCUGACAGAACAGAGGGAGGAGGAGGAGAGAGAGCCGAGGCCAUCCCCAUACAUCCCCAGCCUGCUGCCCCUCCCAUCCACCAGGAGUCCUGUGCUGUUCUCACAUCAUCCGAGAGGAAGUCCAGCACCCUCCCAUCUGCUGUGGCCUGCCCCAGCCAGCUGAUCCAGGAGCUGGGAGAGAGGGUGGAGGAGGGGCUGUGGAUAUCAGCACAGCCUCAGGGCAGCAGGCAUUCCAGGAGCAGUGCACAGGGAGAGGCAGAGAGAGACUGUUCACAGCCUGCGACUGCCACAGCCACUGCCACAGAUACUGCCCGCACAGGGGCUUUCCUAGAGCUGAGUCCUCGCAGAAACCCUCUUCUGAUUGUCAAAACAGAUACUGGUGAUGAUCUUGAUGAGGAUGAUAUCGAUGAGGAUGACUAUUAGCAGAUGUCACAGAAAACAUGUCGUUAAGGAACUUUACAUGCAUGCAUGACAGCUGAUGCUUAUUUGACCACAAUCAAUAAUGACUUCUGUAUUGUUAUUUUUGUAUUUUCUAACUUCUAACAUGGAAAUGUUGAUUAAUUUAUAGAUACAAGCAUGGCUCAGUUUAGUGUUAUAGCUCACUUGAGGAGUUUCAAAAGCUUCCAUACUUUGUGUCUAUGUGCAAAGCUUUUCAUACCAAGCUAAGCAUUUUGAUAAUAAAACUGAUUAUAUGAAUUA